CUAUGCGGCGGUGUCGGUGUCUGUGCCUCUGAGGCGGUGGCGGAGCCGCUGAUAUUUUUUUUUACCGCGGGGGGCCCGGGUUUUGGCCAACGUUAGACAGACAGAGAGAGAGAGAGAGUGCGAGAGAGAGGGGAGAGGAAAGAGCGUCUACUUUUCACCGGUCUGAACCCACGAGGUACUGCCGCCUGCGCGUCUUCUCCCCUCUCAGCGGGACCGUUUCUUCUCAUCUCACGGAUGCAUGACACCAUGUCCACAAUGGUGUAUUUGAAAGAAGACACACUAGAAAAGCUUUCGCAGGAGGAUAUAAUUGCCAAAACAAAACAGGUGAUCCAAGGACUUGAGGCCUUAAAAAAUGAACACAACUCCAUAUUGCAGAGCCUGCUGGAAACGCUGAAGUGCUUGAAGAAAGAUGACGAGAGUAACCUGGUGGAGGAGAAAUCCAACAUGAUUCGCAAGUCCCUGGAAAUGCUAGAGCUUGGUCUCAGUGAGGCGCAGGUGAUGAUGGCAUUAUCCAGUCACCUGGGUGCAGUGGAAUCAGAGAAACAGAAACUGCGCGCCCAAGUGCGAAGGUUGUGUCAGGAGAACCAGUGGCUGCGAGAUGAGCUGGCGAAUACGCAACAGAAAUUACAGAAGAGCGAGCAGAGCGUGGCUCAGCUGGAAGAGGAAAAGAAACAUUUAGAGUUUAUGAACCAACUCAAGAAAUAUGAUGAUGAUCUUUCACCGUUGGAGGAAAAAGACAGCGAUUCAUCCAAAGAAGCUCUGGAUGAUCUUUUCCCAAAUGAAGAGGAUGAACCAGGACAUGGAAUUCAACAGCAACAUAGCAGUGCAGCAGCUGCAGCACAACAGUGUGGCUAUGAAAUCCCAGCCAGAUUAAGGACUCUGCAUAAUUUGGUCAUACAGUAUGCAUCCCAGGGCAGGUACGAAGUUGCUGUGCCGCUCUGUAAACAGGCACUUGAAGAUUUGGAGAAAACAUCAGGUCAUGAUCAUCCUGACGUUGCAACUAUGCUCAAUAUCCUUGCUUUGGUGUACAGGGAUCAGAACAAAUACAAAGAGGCAGCAAACCUGCUCAACGAUGCUUUGGCUAUUCGAGAGAAGACCUUGGGUAAAGAUCACCCUGCGGUGGCAGCUACUUUAAAUAACCUUGCAGUACUUUAUGGGAAAAGGGGAAAAUACAAGGAAGCUGAACCCCUGUGCAAGAGGGCUCUGGAGAUCCGAGAGAAGGUAUUGGGCAGGGAUCAUCCUGAUGUGGCAAAACAGCUAAAUAAUUUGGCAUUAUUGUGCCAGAACCAGGGAAAGUAUGAAGAAGUAGAAUAUUACUAUGAGCGUGCACUGGAGAUCUAUCAGACAAAACUUGGGCCUGAUGAUCCCAAUGUGGCAAAAACGAAGAACAACUUGGCUUCCUGCUAUUUAAAGCAGGGGAAAUUCAAUCAAGCGGAAACCUUGUACAAGGAGAUUCUCACUCGUGCACAUGAGCGGGAGUUUGGCUGUGUCGAUGAUGAAAACAAGCCCAUUUGGAUGCAUGCUGAAGAAAGGGAGGAGCAAUGCAAGGGCAAACCAAAAGACGGGACCACAUUUGGCGAGUAUGGAGGCUGGUACAAGGCAUGCAAAGUUGAUAGUCCCACAGUGACAACCACCUUAAAGAACCUUGGGGCACUUUACAGGCGUCAGGGCAAGUUUGAAGCAGCUGAAACGCUGGAGGAAGCAGCCAUGAGAUCUCGUAAACAGGGUCUUGACAAUGUUCACAAACAGAGAGUGGCCGAAGUACUUAAUGAUCCUGAGAGCAUUGAGAAAAGAAGAAGCCGUGAGAGUCUAAAUGUAGAUGUGGUAAAAUUUGAGAGUGGUCCUGAUGGUGGUGAGGAAGUGAGUAUGGGCGUAGAGUGGAAUGGGGAUGGAACAGGAUCUCUGAAACGCAGUGGCUCUUUCAGCAAACUCCGUGCCUCCAUCAGACGCAGCAGUGAAAAGCUGGUCCGCAAGCUGAAAGGUGGAAGUUCACGAGAUAAUGAGCCAAAAAAUCCUGGCAUGAAGCGUGCCAGCUCUUUGAAUGUACUUAACACGAGUGGCCAGGCUACUGAAGAAACUUUUCAACAACGAAAUAAUCGUCUGACAGAAUCCAGAGGUUUGAGUGCCAGCCAUACUGACCUGACACACCUCGGUUCACAAGUUGGCACCAAGUGUUCUCCAACGUGAAAAGAUUGAGAGACCUUUAUGCCAGUUUCUUAUCCCUUUUCAAUAGGAUUCUCGGCCAGUGAAAGUACAAUAAACCUCAGCUAUUGCAUCAAAAUACUUCAACUGUACUCUUCUGGGUUGUUCAUCCUUUAUAUUAUUUUAUAGAUAGAGGAUGUGUUGCUACAGUAUUGAUAGUAUUAGGAAAAAAUCCAUUUUGAAGAACAAAAUAAAAUUGUUCCAGCAGAGCUUGAGCUGGUUAAGAUAUGUGGGUAGACACUUGUAAAAUCUUGUGGAUUAGGUUGACUUGUACUGCUUCCUGUUAACGCUCAUUUGUUUUAAAAUAGUCUCGUGAGUUAAUGUGACUUUAAACCACUUUUCAUAUGUGUACCCAAUGAAGGUGACUACCUUUUAAGAACAAUUGUGGUUUACUCAAGAUUGCGAGGCCAAGUACCCGUAAUUACAUAAUUUGGAAUUUCAAGCAUAAACAUUAAGAUUGUUAUCAAUAAGUUUAAGGAAAUGUUACUUUGAGGUACUUGUACAACCUCUCUGAUCCUUGGUUAACUAUAUACUUGCACUAUAUUUCCAGAUUCAGAUAGACAAAAUAUGCUGCUAAUGUGUGUGGGGGUCACUUUUAUAGUGCCUCAAUCGUCUGACCCGACAACUUUACAUGAAAGAACAAAGCAUACCAAAUGUGGUGUACUGGUUAGAUACAGAUUGCAAGCUACUGGUCUAAUGGUUGUAAUACCAGUACUAUGUGGACUAUGUCUUUUUUUAAAGAAAUAUCCAAAUAUCCAGAAUAUAUUUUAAUUAGCAAAGUGUUCAAUUGAAUAGAACUGGACCCUAUUUAGUUCAUUUAAAAUACUUUACUAUUAAAAGAACAAAACAUGACAGAUAUUUAAUUGUAUGCAUUACAACUGUGUAUAGGCAUAUAGAUUCUGUGGAGACCAGUAAGACUGCAGGAAAUUAGGAGCUGAUAAGGUUACAUGAAUAUAUAUUUUUUAAUUUGGAAAUUGAGGGCCUUACUUUAGUUAAUUUAAUCCAUUGUUGCCUCAUUAUCUUGCACUUGUGUACAUAUAUUGCAUGUCUCUUGUGUAAUCAUGUCAUGGUCUGUUUAGGCAGUACCUGGUGUACUAGUUUUGUAUGGUUUUAUUUGUUUAGUUUUGUACUUGUAUAUUAACAGAACUUGUAUUUGCACAUAUUGAAAACCAGGAAAGAAAGUAACUAGGAAUUGCAAGUAGACAUUGAGAUCUUGAGUUAGUGAAAUAGAAGUGCAGGUGGAGAUAGAAUAGUAGCAUAAGUUAAUAGCAAUGUAGAUUCUCAACUACUGUACAUUACAAGGUUUACAUGUGGUGCUACAAGCACUUGAGUUUUGAACAUUAUGAAAAGAUACACUGCAACUAUUAAAGAUGCCACAAAUAGAAUCCUCACUUAAUUACUAGAUUAGAAAACGUGUGCAAGGAAAAUUAACAAAGUUUAAUAUUUCUGAAGUGAAAUAAAUCCAGUUAUAGAUGCACAAAAUUACAUUAAAAGUGCAGACACAAAUAUAAUUAUCAGAUUUUCUAAGGUACAGCCUCUAAUCUAGAAAUUCGGUUUGAAUCUGGGAUUGUGUUGCAAUCUUGAGGUCAGGCAAUGACAUUUAAAAGGCUUGAAGGCAGUUUCUUUUAAUUAUUAGAUGAGACUGGGACAGAGAUUUAAAGCAAGUAAUGGAUUUCAGCAUCUGAACAGGGAAGCAAUUUAAUUUAGCUGUAUUUGAAUUCAGUUAACAAGCAUUUAGUUGUGUAAUUGCACUUUUAUAAGGACACCUGUAUAACUGUAUUGCAGGGAAUGUAGUAAUACUAUUCACCUGAAGCAGUGCAGGUGUUCACAGUGCUUACCAGUAAGCAUGUGAUCUAGUUCUGGUAAGGAUAUACUGUAUUAUCUUGAUUUUUCUCAGAACUGAAGGCCUGUACAUUAUUAAGUGGUGUGUUGGUUAUAUUUGACUUGUUACAAUAUUUAUGUUCAAAAUCUAUAAAACUUACAUCUUUUGUGAAACUAGUAGUGAGAAAUAAAAACAAUUUUAAAAAGUC